AUGAGAACAAGAUCUGCGGCACGAAUUGUUAACAAUGACCAUUCUGAUGAUUUUGUUACAAUCAUAGAGGAAGACGUAAAUGAUCGUACUGCUGCAGUUGGGACUGAAGAGGCAGAGGAUGGAUUUGCUGACAUGAGAAAUAAGAAAGGCAAAAGAACUUCAUCAAAUAUAUUGCAUAGAAAUAUGAGAACAAGAUCUGCGGCACGAAUUGACAACAAUGACCAUACUGCUGCAGUUGGGACAGAAGAGGAAGACUUGAAUGAUCAUACUGGUGCAGUUGGGACAGAAGAGGAAGAGGAUGGAAGUGCUGACAUGAGAAAUAAGAAAGGCAAAAAAACAUCAUCAAGAAUAUUGCAUAGGUGUUUCCCUAAGAAGCUGACAGAAUUAGUUUUGUUGUUGAACGAGGGAAAGAAAGAUCCUAGGAAGAAAGAAGACUGUAUUAAGAAAGAGAAGUAUAUUACGGAAUGUGGAUUUGGUGGAUUGUUAAAACUGAACAUCACCAUUAUCCCGGGGGUAUUUGUAAGUUGGAUUUUAGAUAACUUUGACGAACAUAGGGGAAUGAUUGUCAAUGAAAAUGCAAGAAUUACAGUUGGAGAAGAAGAUGUGAAGAGGGUAUAUGAUUUGCCAAGGGGUAAGAAGAUAAUUGAUUUGGAAAAGGUUGACAAAUCAAGUAAAGAAAAGGUGAAGAAAUUUAAGGAGCAGCUCGGGUACAUAGGGGAGACUUAUGAUAGUAUGAUCCACAUACAUACCAAUGUUUUGUAUGAAAAAUUGAUGAAUUUUGAAAUCACAAAGAACAAAGCUUGGGCAAAAGGUUUUAUAUUAUUGGCUAUCGGAACCAUUCUUUGCCCUACUACUUCAUACUUGAUUAGUUUGAACUAUGCUACAGUGUUGAGCGAAGUAAAGAAAGUUAGUAGCUACAACUGGUGUCAACACUUAAUUCAACAUGCCAACGGAGGGAUUAAGAAAGAUGCAUGUUCUGGGAAAGCAGACUUCCACUUUCUUCUAGUACAUUUUUUAGAUAUGGUGCAAACAACCAAACAAAAGGAAAUAGUUGAAAAAGCACCAAGUUGUGGAAAUUGGGAGGAUGGCAAUGUGAGCAUGGAGUUGAAGAAAAUAAAGAAGAAGGGAGGUUUCAACAAGGUGAUCAUUCUUGAUAAACAAGAUUGUGAUAUUCCAGAAAGUAGUAUGGCAGCAAAAGACAUGGGUGAUGAAGUGAUGCAUGACAAAAUUGCUGAGACUGCAAAACGUAGUAGAGAGAAAGUGAUCCAAAGAAAAGGGAAAAAGCGAAAGACACAAAAUGUGGAUAAUGAAAUGAUGGAGGCUCAUUUGGCUCCACAAGACUACGCAUUAGAAGAGUAUUGA